AUGGACCCCUCCAGUAUUCCCAAGCAAUACGGCGGCGAACUCGACUGGCAAUGGGGCGACAUGCCCAACCUCGAUGAACCCGCCCGGGAAAUCGUCGGCGCCCUUGAAACCGCACCGACCGAGGGCCAGACCAAGCCUAGCUUCAUCAAAGGACCCGUCCUUUUCAAGGGCGAUCACGUUGAGAUCAUCGGCAAGGAAAACGGAAAGAGCAGACAGACCAACGUCCCUGUACCAAAGUCCAAGAUUGCACAGCCCGCCUCUCAGCCAUCAGAAGCGGAGAAGACCGAAGGCACGAAAACCCCGGCCGCUGAGUCUACCACCACUGCAACCGAAGAGGUGCCCGCCCCAAUCAUCGAAGAGAAGACAAUUGAAAACGGCACGACGACAUCACCACCUGCCCAGACGGUGUCCGCUUGA